AUGAACCAGCCAACUCGCCUCCCAAAGGCUCGCCCAAAGGUUCGCCGCCUGAAGAAGUUGAAGGUUCGGCUUGUUCCCCCGGAUGAGCUCACGGAGGAGGAGGUGGAGGAGGAGGAUUGGGCUCCAGGUCAAAGGAAGGAGCUGAAGCCUGAGGAGCUUCUACUCGAUGGCGUCUCUGCAGAGCACAGCUUCAAUGGUGUCACCAUUGGAGCGGUCAAGAAUCAGGACCCUUUGCCACCGAUCCCCAUCCCGUACCGCUUUGACCGGCUUGCAGAUAGAGAACGUGCUCCUCCAAAUCAACAGGAAAAGCAGUACGUUCUACAGAAUGCCGUGGGCACGAAGGAUCCAGCUCGCAAAGAGUUGGAAGAGCUGCAGAUCAAGACGGUCGUUGGGCUCGUUGACACCGUGAAGGUCGAAGUAGGAGGAGCAGAGGUGAAACGGAAGCUACUCUUCCUGUCCAACAGACAAGCAAGGAUGCUCCCGCUGGACAGCGUUGAUCGAGUCAUGUCUGGCUUGGAUUUCUUUCCACGACCAAAACUUGUUAUCCAGAUGUUCGGUUCUACAGCAGUGGGCAAGGGCCAGUAUUCUUCCAGUGAGUUGAUAGUGCACCACUGGGGCGAUUGCGAGCUUCAAGGUCAUGAUCUCAACAAGGAGCACUACUUCGUGUCCGAAACGGACUUCAAAAGUGCGCAGGAGACGGAAUUCAAGAUUCAAGCCUUCUUGAAAGAAUGCUUGCUGCCGCUGGCCAGACAGCACAAUGCCCUCAUCAUUUUGGAGAAUACUGAAUGCAGCUUGUCACGCGCUUUUGGGCGACUCUGCGCUGCGGAGGCCGAGCGGCGCCGAGGGAAUUUGGGCUUUUUUGUCCUGACAUUCAUCAAUGCUCUGCAAGUACUGAUCUCCAGUGAAAAUCCAGCUACAGUCGCCUCCAGGCUGCGAAACGCUUCCAGGAACUGGGAAGACUCUGUAUCGAAGAUGUGGUAUGUUAGCAGAAAAAGCCUUGGUGCUGAGAGCGCGUAUCACAAUCACUAUGUGGAUGCCCCAGAUGGCUGCACGCACUAUAUCGUUGUGGAUUGCAUUAGCGGGGAACACCAACAUGAAUGGAAGCGAGAUUGGAUACCUCUCAACAUCCUGCGUGCGAGAAUGAUCCAAGCGUUAUUAGUCAGCCAGAUCCCUGGUUUUGCUGUGUCAACCCUGCAGAACAAAUGGGGACUAAGAAGCAUCGAGAGAUUGGCGGAUCAGGUUGCUCGUGGAAUUCCGCUGCUUCUGCUUGAUUCAAGAGACCUACUGAAGAAAGAGGAGCCAAUCACCAGCGAAGAGGACGCCAUUCUUCGCCUGAGGAAGCUCGAGGAUAGCCUUAAUGAAGAGGGGACUGGCAACUUCUACCAUUCAUCCACACUGGCUUUUCUACAUCAUGCAAUGACGGACAUUUUGCAUAGAGACCAGACACGACACAGAAGGGCCACCAAGAUUCAAAUAGGUGAAGACAUAGAUGAUAAGGAUGGCAAAUGGCCGCUUUGGGGACAAAUCCGAAAGUUUGAGAGAGACGCAGAAUCUUUGUUGAAGCCUGCUGAAGAACAGUCCAGCAGCAGCAUGCUAAAGAAGGAGGAUCACAGACGAUGUGUGGCUGAAAAACUCACACGUGAGUUUCUCACGUUCAUUAGCCAGAAGGAAGCAUUUAUCUCUCCUGACCCCAAAUACACUGGGGUCAGUGAGUUGCCAAAGUCUCAAUUCCAAGACAUCCUCAUGAAGAUGGUGGGGGAACUUGUUCGCUGUGAAUCAAAAGCCAUGCUAGAUCGAUUCCUGCAGCAUUACUGUCUUGUUUCUAUGUCAUCGAACUUCGCCAAGAAAGCUGCACGCACAGGCCUCUUCUGCGUGAAACACGGCCUUAAAGACGGACGACUGUUCAAAGAGAUCAUUCAGUUGGCCCGAAAAGAACAUUUUGGAGAUGCCAAAGACUUCCUUUUUCACCACUUGCGAGAUGAAUGCCUGAAGUUUGAUAGCUACUUUCAGAGGAGAAACUAUCUGGCCAAUUCUCCUGAAAUCACAGCCGCCUUCCACGAGGUUCUUCUAUCUCCCCUGACCCAUUCCGCAAAUCUAUCAGACUUGGGACGCCUUCAGAAGCUCCUGACGCAAAUGCACGUGGAUCGGCAGAUGCCUGAAAUUGGGCUGACGACCUGCCGGCUUCUUCAACGAGCCUGGGUCGACGUGGAUGUCUACCAUCAUGUGGCGACUCGCAUGAAGAAUAUUGCGAAAUUCUCCUAUGGGCUUGUCUUGCUCACGGGCUACGCCAUCACAAUUUUAACAUUGAUGCAUAUAAACUUGCCCGAUGUCUUGACUCAAGCAUCAGUGAAUUACUCGGUUCUAGGCAUGUCUGUUGGUGCAGGGUUGAUCUCUGCGCUCAUAUCAUUUCUAGAUCCGACCACGAAGUGGCAACAAUUGCGUGCUGCUGCCCUGGCAAUGGAAGUUGAAAUCUGGAAAUUUCGAUGCUGUGCUGGAGAAUACUCAAGGGAUAUGCUUUCGAACCACAUGGAGUCAAUAGAAGAGACCCUUUGCAACGUCAUUGCCGCAAUAGAGGAUUCUGUGUUGAAGUCAGCAGGUAUUUCUGAAACCUCAUUCCUCUCCACCUUUCGCUUCAGCCGCGAUCCAGCCCCUGGAAUCUACAAGCACGGACAAUAUAAAGGUGCAGCUUGGGAGGGGAAAGGAGCAAACAAGGAUGAGACUGUGGAUGACCACCACUCCCUCCUGACAGCUCGCGAGUACAUGGAUCUUCGCUUUCACUCUCGUGUUCGAUUCUACCAACAACGCCUGCCACGAUAUGCGAGAUGGCACACAAUGCAUCAGGUUCUUCUGGCAAUUGCUUCAGGACUUGUGACGGUAUUGGUCUACUUAGGUGAAACGCAAUGGUGUGCGGUUUGCACGGCGGGUGUUGCUGCAGCCACAGCAUGGGCAGAGUUCAAUGGGACCAAGAAAAAGAUGAGGCGAUACUCAGAAACUGUUCAUCAAGCUCACCAAAUUCAGCUUUGGUGGCACUCCUUGCAGCAGAUGCAACAGGCCGCAAGCUUUCCUUUGCUGGUCCAACGCUCGGAGGAGUGUUUUGCCAGCGAGCACUCCUCCUGGGUGUCUUCGAUGAGCGCCCAGCAUGGACACCGGAAGACGGGGAAUGAUGAGGAGGAUGAGAAAGACAAAGUGCCAAGCGCAACCACCACACCCAGCACUCCUCGGAAGGUGAGGACGAGUUUCCUGAACCGAGACGAGGUCCUGCCGCAGCAGGCAUCCGGAGCAUCAGCGACAUCCCUACAGCAGGGCCAACAGGAGGUGCCAGCCAGCUUCCAGACCCACAAGGUUAUACCGAAGGCAUCCGGGGCAUCAGCGACAUCCUCCCUACAGCAGGGCCAACAGGAGGCCUCCAAAAAAGGAAAGGGCAAACGGAAAAGACCGCCUGGCUGCACCUGUCCAUGUGCAAAGAAGGAGACCCUGUCUCACGAGGGUCAUACAGAUCAUAAAGACAAAGGUGACAAAGGGAAGCACGUGAAGACUGAGGAGGAUGCAAAGAAGAAGGACAAGGCCUCCUCGUCGCUUCUUCAUGGCAAGUUCAUCACAGAUGGGCGAAUGCAGGAGUACGUCUACAUUCCGACCGACGAAGUCUCGGAUAUUGCAGCGAAGUCUUCAGAGCUCUUUGAUACCUUGUUGCGGCAUUGGAACCUGCCAAGGCCACAACUGCUCAUCAAGUUCCAGUCGGGCUUUGCCCACCCGAGAUAUUUGCUGGACAAAGAGGAGAUCAAGAAACUGAAGACCAACUGCGGGGGUCCCUCCGGGGCUGAGAUCUACAAAUACUACACCCACUUCGAGAACUACGUCUCCCAGCACGAAGAAAAGGAAGAGAACCAUGGGAGAUCGUGUGAAGAAGGCGAAGACCACACGGAAGAGAUGGAGAAAGCCGUGAAAGAAACUAAGGAAGACAGGAUAGAGAGGAAAGCGUUGAAGCUUUUGAAUGAGUUUCUCUACAAGUCCUUGAGCAAUUUGAUCGAUGUGAUCGUCCGCGCGGCGGUGCGCAAUCGCUGCUGGAUCCUGGUGGACGGCGGUCCCAACGGUGGCUUGUUGCUGCUGAAGCAUGCGGCGGAGCGCAUGAAAGAGAAACCUGUGAUCCUGGUCAUGAACAGCCUGAAGACCAAAAGAUUUCCGUAUAAAGAUGUGUCCAAGUUCGUGGGCCAACACAAUAAGAGUGACGUGAAGGAGAAGCUUCACACCUUGGAAGAGCUCGCUGGGUUGGACAAGAACCAAGUCGACAAGGAGGUGGAGAAGAUCAUCAAGUUGAAGACAGAGAAAGCAUGGGAGGACUGGGAGGAAACUUUGAGGAAGAAAGCUCAGGAGGAAGAAGGCUCCAAGCGGCGCCAAAGUCAGCUCUCCAGGCAGAGCAAGAAGAGCACCGGGACUGAGAAGGCGGAGGAGGUUGAAAAGUGGACUCGGAAGGAUCAGAAGGAAGUGGAGGAGGUGAAGGUGAAAGGCGCCUUGAUGACUGCCCGGCUGCUGAAGCAUGCCAAGCCCAUUGAUAUUCCUGAUAUGGACCCAUUGAAGCUGGGAGUGGGCUUUUGGGACACGAAGUUGGAAAAGGAGGGCUGGACGGUGCAAUCCAGCAAGUCCAAAAAGGCGGAUCAAGUGAAGUGGAACAACUGGCACUUCCGCGGAGGAACGCACUACAUUUUCUGUGACGACCACAUUGGUGAGCUCAUCACAGAUUGUCUUGCACCAAGUGGCUGUAUCUUCCUUGGUGGUGGCGAUGGCAGCAAGAGGGAGCUCAUUAAGAUGCUCAUCAAUGGCGAGCCAGUUGUAUGUCUCAACAACACUGGCCGAUUGACGCAAGAUUUUGUCCGAUGUCACGACUAUUUUUGCUCCCAGCUCUUUCGAACCGACCAGGACUCCGGCGAACAACUGGAGAAGGACAAGGACAGUGUGGACAUGAGCAAGAGCGACGCAUUCGGCAAGUCAAGAGCAAGGUUUUCCCUCCAAAGAUCUGGACGGAGCGAGGCUCUGGAUGGACUACAAGAGAAGAAGCCUAAGGAGCGGAUAGACUACUUGAGGGACAACAUCGCCCGAAGGACUGUGUUUAAGACCCUCACCUUCGAUGGCGAUGAUGGCGUAUCGACGCGAGAAAAGUUGGUCAUGGGCAUGCAGGAGGAGUUGGAGCAGGUGACGUCCUUCACCCAGCCGGAGCUCUGCGAGUUGUUCCUCACGUAUUUGAGACGAGGCCUUCAGAUCACUAAGCUUUGUGUGGUCAUGGAUCCCUUGAACCCACGCGAGUGCUCUGGAGGCCACACAGAGGACAAAUUGUCCAUGUGCCUCAGCAACUUUGUGAUCCUGGCCAGCAACGACACGAGCGAUUUCGCAGAUGUGGAGGCAGUGAAGGCUGCCAGCAAGCUGGAGAAGCAGCUGCUUUGGGCCGCCUCUGUCGAACGCUGGUGGGCAGUGAUGAUGACCUACAUGCUCCUAGGCUUAAACUUCCUGUCUUUGCUCCUUGCGCUGGCGCGGAAUAGUAGCGCGCCAUACUUCUUGACCUGGCUACCACAGCCCUUGCUCCGCUGGGGGCUGCCCGGCGUCUCGGCGGCCAGCACCUUCAUCUCCGGUCUCGUGGGGCGCUUCCGCUUCAUGCUCCGUUGGAGCAAGGCGCAAAGCGCUGCGGCGCAGUUGCAGGCGGAAAUCUGGAAGUUCCGCACGCGCGUGAGUGAUUAUGUGGUGGUGGGAUCCAGCAAAGAGGAUGAGGAGGGCAACCGCACCAAUGAAUCGGGGCAGGUCUUCACCCGCGAGCGCAAGCAGGAUGUGACACGGAGCCUCUUCAGAGCAAAUGUCACCAACAUCUUCAACGGUGCCAUGGAAGAGAUGGGCACGAGCAGUCUCCAUGGUGGAGCUUAUGACACGCUACCCAGCUCCAGAAAGAGUACACGACUCACGCCGAUUUGCUGCUGCUACCGAAGACCGAGAUACAAAGAAGACCUCCCAGCGCAAGACACAUCAACAAGCAAGAAUGCACCCAACCAGGCGGAUCUCACCAAAUAUGGACACUUAGGAGUGGAUGACUACUACCAGCAGCGCACUCUGGAAGUCUUUGAGCGAAUGAAGCACCAAGCAUUCUGGCUCACCUUCAAGCAAGGUGGACUAGAGAGCUUUGUGCUGCUCUUCGGGACCUUUGGUGUCUUGUUGUCCACUUUCGAUCAGACGGAGCUGGCCAUGAUCUGUCUCUCUUCGGCUGCCAGCUUGCAGUCUCUGGAACGCUUCCACGCACUCAGUACACGAUUGGAUGCUGCGAAUGCUGGCGAGCGCGAUAUGAUCUGCGCCUGGCAAGAGUGGAGCGCCAUGGAGCCGAUGCAACGCCGUUUUCAGACGAAUGUCAACAGGCUUGUGCUGACCACGGAAGGCGUGAACGUGGCGCUGACCAGCGCAGCCACCGCGGGUGUGCGCCAAUCGUUAGCAACGAAGCCCAGCUGA